UAGAUAACACGAAUUGGAUGUUUUAACUUUUAACAAGUUAUGAAUUCACUUACCUAACACCUAUAUAUGUUUUAUUUAAAUCAAUAAAUUAUAUAAAAAUUCUAGUUCCUAGUCUCUAGUAAAUAUGAUUUGUAAUUCAUUUAAAGUUUGUGUUGCAUUGUUAUCCAUCGUAUUGGUAAGUUUGCCUAAUGCAAAUGGACAAUCAGAAUCGAACCGUGAACUAUAUGACAUCGAAGGUACAGUUAUGCUGCCUAACUUAACAACUUCCUGGUUGGCCGAAACUGUUAUACAACUUAAAGGAGGAGAAGCAGUCGGUUUUCUGAGGAAAAAUGGUUCUUUUCUUAUUUCUAAAGUACCAUCUGGAUCAUAUAUUGUUGAAGUAGUCAAUCCAAAUUAUGUCUAUGAACCAAUUAGAGUGGAAAUUAAUUCAAAGGGCAAAUACCGCGCCCGCAAAGUAAAUUACAUUCAGUCAUCUCAUGUACAUCAGAUGCCCUAUCCAUUAGAGUUUGUCAACUACAUGCCUGCCAAAUAUUUUUACACUAGAGAACAAUGGAAAGUCACAGAUUUUCUUUUCAAUUCAAUGGUGUUAACAAUGGUGUUGCCACUUCUUGCAAUAUUGGUUUUGCCAAAGUUAAUGAAUGACCCAGAAACAAAGAAGGAAAUGGAGCAAUUGACAAACUUAAAACACGAUAUGCCUGAAAUGUCUGAAAUGAUAACUUCUUUUUUCACUGGAAACUCACCAACUGCCGAGAAACAAAAAGAAAAAACCAAGGCCAUAAAGAGUUCAAAAAAAUCCAACAAGAAUAAUUAAUGUGUAACAAGUGUAAAUUUACCAAAAUUAUGUUAAGGUUAGGUAUUUUGUACAUAUAUAAAAAA